CCGUUCUUUCAAAUACAUGAGAUACACACUGUUGGAUGAUAGUUCUUUGAGUUAAAGACGUGGUUUUGCCCCGUUGAAAACAUUAUAAUGAGUGGAUUAAUGAGAAAAAAGGUGAAACCGGAUGAAGGACCAAAUCUUUUAUUUCAAAGUUGGAUAAAAGAGGCAAUGGAAAAGGCAUUUGUUAAAGAUGCUAAAUCCUACUAUGCUUAUAGAAAACAUUAUUUUUGCUUCUUUUCUUUCCCUUUUUUUGUUGUUUAGGCAUUUUCGUCAUUGAAAAAGUACCCAUUAUUACUGUUAAGUGGAAAAGAAUGUAAAAUUCUUGAAGGUUUUGGAUCAAAACUAUGCGAUCUGUUAGAUGAAAAACUAGCGAAAUAUGCCAAUGAAUUACAGAUGUCAGUUAUUGAAGCAAUACAUUAUGGAAAUAAAAGUUUGAAGACGCCAACAGCGACAACACCGACGUCAACAGUGGCACAGUCAACUUGUAGCAUAAAUCCACUUGAUAAACCUAAGGAAGAAAUUCUCUGCAAAGAACCAAAUCAAAGUACACCAAAGAAUGAUGAUAUGCGUUCUCCAACCUCAACUGAACCAAUACCUCAUGAUAAUAAUGUUACCACUUCAGAGACAAAGAAUAAUCAACGGAUAAUUUUAGACGAUUCUAGUCUACAAAAGAAGAUUGUCGAAGUUAUCAGGAGUUCAAAACACCCGCUAGGUUGUAGUAUGUGUGAAUUAUCAGCGUGUAUACGAACUGAUAAACCAACUGACCCAGAGUUACUCUUAUCUGAACUGAAUAGACUAAUCGAUCAGAAGAUUGUUCAUUGUGUAACUGAUUCACCAGGAAGGUUCAAGUUAACAGAAUAUGAAUCAGAUAUUCCCAAUUCACUAUGCUCAGAAUCCGAAGUAUCACUUGAUGGAGUUGAAAGUACAACUGAAACAUCUUUGAAUUCCAAGACUUCAACAAGGUAUUCUUCAUUGAUUAAAUCAAUAUCUCAUGAAAGUAUUGACACAUCUUCUGAAAUAAGCUCCUAUCCUUUAUCCUUUACAUAUGUGGAUGAAAAUGAUAAUCUAGUGGUUAGUCGACAGAAUGCUCAUCAACGUGAAUACACAAUCGAUGAGGAGAAAUUAUCUGGUUAUCGUAUACGUUGUAUAUAUGAAGAUUUAAUUGUCUCCGGUUUAUCUUAUCGUAUAGACUGGAGUAGAUCACAAUUCACAGAAAAUGAUGUCUCCUAUACACUUGCUUAUUUACUUGAUCCAAAUGCUCCAAAAUUAUCUACUAAUCAGAUGUCAAAUGUUAGUUCUGUGAAUAAUGGCAAUGCAACUAACACACUAGAUUCAUCACAUGAGGUAAAAGAAUCCAAAAGUAUUGAGAAUGGAACAACUGCAUCAACCACUAGUAUUGCUUCUUCUUCUUCGACGACGACAACAACAACAGCAACAACAACGGCGUUCACUUUUAAACCUGUUUCGAAAGUUAACACAAACAACACAAAGACAGCAAUUAAACGAAGUAAAUCUCAAGAGAUGGGUAUGUGUGCAGAGCCAACGAAAAAACUAAGUCGAAAUAAUACUGUCUCUUCGGUUACCGAAACAUCAAGGCAACCGGUAUCUCCAACACAAUUACAUCCAAUUUUAGCGCGUCAACUUAGUGAAGGCCGUCAACCACAAAAUAUUCAUUCACAACAGUCUUCUUCUCAUAAACCUUUGAGUGUACAAUCAACCAACAGUACGAGUACUUCCACCAUGAUUAAUGUUAAUCUUCAACCUCAAAAUGACGAGUCUACACCAUUAUCCAGUCGAAUUAUUCCAGGGGGUUCAUAUGAGAUAAUUCUCUUAGCGGAUGUUCGUGAGAAUUUCGGGUCAAAUAAAGUUAGACAAAUGCUUCCAACUGUAUUUCAAAAGUAUAAUAUCAAAUGUGAAUCAAGAGCUCUGCCUGUUGGUGAUUUCCUAUGGGUUGCACGUUGGAGAGAUAAAUCGGAUUCAUUGAUGGAAGCUGUACUGGAUCAAAUUGUUGAACGUAAAAGAAUGGAUGAUUUAGCGCAUAGUAUUGUUGAUGGACGAUUUACAGAACAAAAGUAUCGUUUAAAACGUACAGGCCUAUUACAACCAAUUUACUUGAUUGAAGAGUGUUCAACAAUGCAUAAUCAAAAAGUUGCUUAUGAUGUUUUAAUUCAAGCAAUAUCAAAUACACAAGUGAUUGAUGGUUUUCAAGUAAUGACAAGUAGAGGUCCUGAAGAUACUGUCGACCUGUUAGCCAUGCUUUCACGUAGACUACAAUCACGUGGUUCAAAUGAUUUAAUCAUCACCAAUCACAAAUCAAAUGAUACUUCAUCAAAGUUAAACACAACAAAUGCAAUGGGUUGGGGUGAAUUUGUUAAACUGGCGAAUAAAUCCCCAGAUCCAACUGUACGAGAUGUUUUUGCCAAACAUCUGCUACAGAUACCUGGUUGUUCUGGACCGAAAAUCACAUCAAUCCUGCAGAAUUAUCCAACUCCAUCGAGUUUAAUGGACGCAUAUGACACACAACUCACUUCAUCACAAAAGGACAAUAUGUUGGCCAGUUUAAAACCAUCAGAUGGAAACCGAUGUUUUGGAGCAGCUCUCAGUCGACGUAUCUCUUUAGCCUACAAUACUUUAUAAUUGUUAUACUGUA